GAAAGAAGUGUGACAGUGUAUAGUUUGGGGAGGAGGAAGAAGAAUGCAAGAUUGGAGGAGGGAGAUGGCAAAGCAUACAGCCUGGCCCGACCUCAGAGCCAAUCUCUUCCUGCUUUGUAUGGUUCCAUUGCUAUGUUCUGCCAAGGAGACUAAAUCUGUUUCAAAACAACCCGAUAAAUGCUUUGAUUAUGAGGAUUUUGUUGAACUCAGAAACUUGCCAACACAUGCUGUCAAUGCAGAUAUUUCUGUGGAGUAUAUGUGUACCAAGCCCUGCACAAUCCAUGUGGACAUCAUGGCUUCGUCAGAAUUCAGGACAGGUAUUAUAGUGUUUAAGAAGCAGUGGAAGAAUGAAAAGAUCCUCCAUGAGUUACGGACACGUACCGUCAACUUGAUAUUUCCAAACAUUAUGGUUUAUCGUAGUGACUAUUUUCAGAAGCUCUCAAUCGAUGUAUAUUACACUGUAGUUCGAGCCUGGCUGGUGCACAUUGAUCCAAAACACACAGACAGAAAAUACAACGAAACCGUUUUAAGUGCAGUAGCAAAUGCAUUUGCCGUGUUGGAACCGAUUUCACCCGUUCAACGUCCUUACAAAGAUCACCAGAUAUGUUUAACAUGGUAUGCUGAACUUAUGUGGAGGAGAAGAGAAAUCAGAUUUCCCAUCUGCCCAUUUGAAACUGAUGCAGUAAGGAUGCUCAAUUUCCCACUUGCAUCAAGCACUGAACACAACGGAGUCAUUUUAAUACAGGACAGAUUUAAGAACAGAGAGCUUGAGCUAAGAAGACAACAACUUGUUAAUAAUAACCCAAUAUUUACUUUUUCAUUAUGGCUCUAUUUGCUAGAUUUCUGCACAAGCAAGGAAUGUGGGAUUUUCCACAAUGUUGAUUCGAACAAAAUGUAUGCAACUCCAUUGCUGUUUUUAACACAGAAAGGAAAAGUCCAUGUUCAGGUGCGACUUGUUACGGGAGCCGAUGUGGCCAUCCUUACAAACUUCCAGGUUCCCCUUUACAAAUGGUUCCGUCUGGACUUGACAAUUAAUGGAAGAAAGAUAGUAUUAACAACACACGUUGGAGAACACCUGGAAAGCCACGGCUAUCAAUCCUAUAAUGUGGAGGAGGAUAUCUACUUCGAUGAUACUGAUGGAUACAUUGUUCUUGGAGGAAGCAAGUAUGUUCUUGGUAUUGAUGGAUUCUUUGGACCUGUCCAAUACUACCGUAUGAGGGCCUUGAACACAGAAGAGAUCUUUAACCCACUUGGUAAAGAUGAGAUUUAUCAGUGGAUAGAUAAAUAUUACCUGAGGUGUGCAACAGUUCAGGAAAUUGUGUAUACCUAUACAAACAUUGUGAGGGAGACCCAAGAACUGCAAACAGAAGGGACGUCGACAAAUUAUUAUGUUGACCUCUAUUUCAAAUAUGGACGCAAACUUGUCUGCCCAGGACUUCCUUGGAACCAGGAGGAAAGAAACCAGUUUAGAAAUAUAUUGAAUUUUCUGAAAACUAUAAACUCACCAUCAUCAGAUCACCCUAAUGCCAUUCUUGUGGAGACUGGGAAAAAGAUAUAUGAUGAUGCAAUGGAGAAGCAGUCACAUCACCUGCGCCAUUUUGGGUCUGUGGUUCCCGCCCUUGAGGAUGCAAGCUGCUUGGGUUUUCAUAAAGCAUCUUACCGCCUGGCUGUUAUGUAUGAAAUAGGCCUUGGCGUAGCUAUCGAUCCAGUCCAGGGUCUGUUAUACAGUCUGGUUGGAGCACAGAAUUGCGACAGGCUUGCGUUGUUGAAACUUGGAUAUAAUCAUUUCCAAGGAGUGGAUAACUAUCCUUUGGACUUUGGGCUUUCAUAUGCUUAUUACAUUAGUAUUGCAAAGAAGACCCCAAAAGAUCGUUGGACAAUGCAUGAAGAACAGGCAUUUGUGGAAGCUGUAAGGCUAAUGGAUGAUGAGAUGCUGAAAGAGCAAACUAGAGAGAAUGAUGAUUUGUUCCUGUGGCUGAAGCAGAAUGCAGAAAGAGGAGAUGUGCAUGCGCAGCACCGAUUGGCACAGAUGUUCUACUGGGGGCAGCAAGGUGUGUCCAAGAAUAAAGAUGCAGCCAUGGAGUGGUAUGAGAGAGGUGCCUUGGAGAAUAAGGACCCAGUGAUAAUGUAUGACUAUGCCAUCCUGCUGUUAAAGGGUGAUGGAGUGCCAAAAAACAAAAAACUUGCUCUGAAACUAAUGAAGAGAGCUGCUGCUAAGGGGCAGCAUGAAGCUUUUAAUGGCUUAGGGUGGUAUUAUCACACAUUUAAGAAAGACUAUGGUAAGGCUGCAGCCUACUGGAGGAAAGCAUUCAAUAAAGGGAACGUGGAUUCAGCCUUCAACCUUGGAGUUAUGCAUCUAAACGGUAUAUAUCCCGGAGAUGAAGGAAUCAAUGAAACUCGUGCUUUUGAGUUGAUCACCAUAGCAGCAGAAGGCGGCCAUAUUGAAGGAGCCAUUCAUCUAGCACAAUAUUUAAUCAGUGGGAGCUUGAAAGGGGUCCCAAGGGAUCCGCAGGCAGCCAUAGGUUGGGCAAAACAUGUUGCUGAGCAGAAUGGACAUAUUGGACAUGCCAUUAGGAAAGCACUGAAUGCCUAUAUGGAUGGAUGCCUGAACGAAGCUUUCCUUUAUUACACGUUAGCCGCCGAGGCUGGCAUUGAAGUGGCGCAGACAAACCUGGCCUAUCUCUGUGAAGAAAGCUCUAAAGCGACCACAAUAUUUCCAAGGGAUACGUGUAUAUGGAGAUACUACAACUUUUCAAUAUAUCAGAAUAAUCCUCCCCCUGUUGCUUUACUAAAGAUGGGAGAUCUCUAUUAUUCUGGAAGCAGCAAUCGUUCUAAAGACAUACAGCAAUCGGUGACUCUGUAUACACAGGCCGCACUGCAGGGUGAUGCACAGGGGUAUUUUAAUUUAGCCCAACUUGUUCAAGAAGGAGUUUCUAUACCUGAAAACCUUCUGCAGCAUCUGAAGAUUGACAAGUCUGUGUAUAGUAAUAAUGACAGCCUCAUGACGGAACUGUAUGAAAGGUGUCAGGGUCACAGUAACGAUGAAUCGAUAAACCCAUGUUCUCUGGUUUUGCUGUAUCUUCACGUCACUGGUACAUGGAAGUCGAUGUUAUACUCAUUCAUGGCCUACUUGAUGGGAUCUCUACUGCUCUCAAUAGUGGUCACCAUUGUAGUACAAUGCAUUCAUUUAAUACUGGAUAUUUCUUCAUCAAACAAUCAUUUGGCGAAUGGAGAGCAAACAGGACCCUCUGUUUCAGGAACUCGGCAUUUGCAGACAGGUGUACACAGCUGGUAUAUGUAUCGUCUGAUAGUAACCGUGAAGCAAAUAGUUAGACGACAGAGAGAAGCUAUUGAGUGGUUAACGACAGCGUUGGUUGUUAGCAUCUGCAUAUUCUUUGUGACGUUUGUAAUCUGGUCUGUGUGAGCGAAAGGUGUUGCACUAUCCCCCAGUUUG